UUUUUUUUUGGCAAAAAAAUCUAUUCUCAGUUUUUCAGGUUUUUUCCCGUGGUAAAAGAGUGAAAACUUUUACAGAUAGAAGCCAUGCCCCGUUUGACUAAGGGUGCGCUUGCGGCUAAGGCUCGUGAGGCGGUUAAAAGGCAGAUUCGCCAAUCCGCCGCAGCUCUACUCGUUCCACCGGUGGCGUCCGUACCUAAACCUGAAGCGCAAAACAAUCCGGAAUUGUCUGUGGAAGGUGGACCCUCGUUUCCAUUGGAACCGACAAUCGAAAUCGAUAUCAAACAGGAACUGGUGUUUACCGGAGUUGAAAACCAGUUGCUGCAGCAGGGCGAAGUGGAAGUCAAGGAGGAACUUUUGGAUCCAGGGAAUCCGGGUCUAGUGGAUGGCGAACAGGAUCCCAUCGGGCAAGAUGGGUGUCGAUUACUGCUCCAGUCAAAGGAAGAAAAUGAGCCCGAUAAUCGUUGCCAGUUUUGUCUGAAACUGUUCCAGGAAAGUGGUGGGCGAGGUAUCAUAACGAAAAUGAAGAUUGAAUUUGUUUUGGGUUUGCGCAAAUGGGGUGGCCCGGGAAGGCGUCCGGAUUGUUGUGAGGGCUGUAGGAGAAUGUUCGACAUGUUCUACGAAUUCAAGCAGUCGUGUUUGUUGGCGUUGGCCCGACCGGCAGAGCUAUUCAUCUGCGCUGGGAAUAAGGGUCUAGGGCAGUUUGUAGAUUUGAAGCCAAACAUUAGGAAGAAGCCAAAGUCGAUGGGGAGGAAAGCUGUACGGAUCAAGAAAAGUAAGACAAAGAUUUCUCAGAAGAUGGAAGAUUUUCAUGGGUUUGGGGUAAGUUCCAAGCAGGAAAGUCUUGAACCGGAGGCAGUAAGCACUGAAGCACUUUCGGCAGAAUUGCAGCAGGACGUUAAGGAAGCAGAGUGUGCAAUCUGCAAUGAGAAAUUUUCAGACAGGUCGGCUCUAAGGCAGCACUUGUUGAAGCAUUACCCGACAGAGUCAAAUGAAUCUGCUACAAAACGCAGUGGACCGGUAAAGAGAGAAAAGAAAACCUACUGUGGUCGUUGUCGGAAAUGGUUUUCGGUCAAAUCGGUCUACUGGCAGCACAAACCGAGCUGUGUUGAGACUCAUGAACUCAAUAAACGUCCACCACCAGAGUUUGCGUGCUCUCUCUGUCCGAAGAAAUUCCUUCGCCAGCAAGAACUGACAUAUCAUAUCGACAUGCACAACGGCGUACGAACGAUUCCCUGUCGGCGGGAGGGUUGCAGCAAGAUGUUCUACCACCCCAACGUUCGACUAAAUCACGAAAAGCUUUGCGGACAGGAGGUCCAGGAGAUAUGCAGCAUCUGUGGCUCCAUUUUUCGUUCGAAAAGUGCCCUGGGCGUUCAUUUAGCUACUCACGGGGAUCCGAAGUUUAUGUGUGAACUAUGCAACAAGGGCUUCUAUUCGAAGGCCAAUCUCAAGAAACACGCCACUGUCCAUUCGGACGAGCGUAAGUUCCAGUGCAAGGUCUGUGGGAAACGAUUCAAGUCGCACGAAGCGAACCGAGUGCACCAACGAAUACAUACAGAGGAAAAGCCAUAUGUUUGCCACAUUUGCGGCCAACGGUUCACGUACAACUGUUUGCUGAAGACGCACCUGGAGAAAGGACACGAAACGGUGCCGGGACUGCUGGCACCGAGUACAGAAGCGUUUCCUUCGAAUCCAUUCGGUGGAUUGGGGUUCUGAGUGGAACUGAGCAAGUUUGAACCGUUUGAAUGGACGAAAUAGAGUUGGUUCGGAAAUCGAAGCUAUUCUGGUCCACAUGUGCAGUUGGUUUUGAAGAAGCCCCAAUUGCUUAACUUUUAAUUAUCUUGAUUACAGAAAGAUCAGUUUAAGGAGUACGUUCGAAAAAAAGCUCACCGGGAAAUGUCAC